UCCUCCUUCUAAAACCCUAAAACAUCGAGAUUUCUGAGAAACCCUCGGCAAAAAUGGCGACUUUGAGUAGAAUGAUGAAUAAAGCCGCAUCUUCAGUAAUCCCGCUAGCAACCAGAACUUCUUGUAGAAACUACACCUCUACCAUCUUCACUACCCCAUUGAAGACCAGCACCGCCAUUAAAACUGUCACCAGCAAUAGUAAUCUAUUUAGAACAACUUCAAUUCCAACUCAUCGUCAGUUCUCUGCUCUAGCUAAGAAGAAACCAGAUUCCGAUGACACUCUUCUCAGAGUUAUUGAUUCUGAAAUCGUUGAUGCUGAGGAGGAAGCUGGAGAUUUUGAGGUUGGUGAGGCACCAAGUGUGUUUCCAUUCAAGAUUGUGGAUAAUGAUGGAGCUGAAACUAUUACACUGACUAGGAACUAUCAAGGUGAGGAGAUCAAAAUCACUGUGUUCAAACCUGAUCUCUCUGGUGAUUAUGAAGAGGGUGAGGAGGAAGACCAAGACGACCAAGAAGCAAAUCAAGGUGGUGAGGAGGAGGAAGAAGAAGGUGGUUCUCAUCCUGUUGAUAUGGUUGUAACUGUUACGAAAAAAACCGGUCCAACUUUGGAAUUCGAUGUUAUGGUUGAGGCAGAUGAAAUUACAAUCAACAAUUUGGCCGUCAAGAAUCCAAAUGUUUCGGAUGAGGAUGUUGCUUACGAAGGACCUGAGUUCUCGAGUUUGGAUGCGGAACUGCAGGAAGCUUUCCACACAUAUUUGGAAGUCAGAGGGAUUAAACCAAGCAUUGCCAAUUUCUUACAUGACUACAUGGUUAAGAAAGAGCAUAAGGAAUACACUGCGUGGUUGAAGAACUUGAAGAAUUUCAUUGCCAACUAGAUGUUGCUCGAGCUCAAGAGCUUUUGAAGGUUAAAUACUCUUGCGCAGGGUUAGGAAAACAGAUUGUGUGUUCACAAAUGAAUGUUUUAUGGAUUUGUAGGUAGCUCCAAAUAUUUGAUUUCCCAUUUUAUGAAUGUUGUUAACCAGUAAGUUUUACUGAGUAAACUAGUGAUCAAUUUUAGAAUUUGAAAUUCUGGAAACAAUAUUCUGCAUGUCUUUUCUUUGGCUUUGGCAAUGUGUGGUUUAGCUUGGUAA